CUCUCAUCCAUCAUAUCUGCCCAGCUGCGAGGUGUGAUCGACUUUAGCAAACUUCAAAGUAAAAGCCAUAAGAUGAACGCAAGGGCGUGUGCACACCGGCUUGCUCUUCAGCUUUGAAAGCGGUACUUGCCGAAGCGGUGUCCACGCAACUAUGCAAACGCUUGACAAUUUAAACAACUGAUCUGUUCUGACUGAUUUGAGGCCAGUAAGCUAAGCGCCGGCACAGGGUCAUGCUGGGCUCCCCGUUGCUUGGUGGAUGGGCUCCAGGCGGAGGAAGGAAGCGCAAGUUAGUGGACGAGACGCGGCUGGCUUUGGAGGACCACGUGCGGUCGCACCUCAACAUGACCGCACUGCGCAGCCAGGACCGCAAGACCGGGCUGCCCUGGACCCUGGGCCAGCUGGCGGCGUUCGGCCACGCCACGGCGCUUGAGGCGCUGCGCCGCCGCGGCACGCCACCCGCACGCACACUGCAGGAGCUGGAUUUCCACGAGGCCGCGGUGUGGGUGGCUCUGGAUGGCGGUUUGGACCUGGCCGACGUGGCGGGCGGUGAGGCGGCGCUGGGCGCGGUGGCGGCGCACAUGGCGGCGCGCUGGCGGGACAGCCGGCUGGCGGAGGCAGUGGGCGGCUUCCUGCAGGCCCGAGGCGUGCUGCUGACGGGGCUGCCGGCGCAGGCGCAGGCGGGGCGGGCAGCUCAGCUGCUUCCGGCGCCAGCGGCAACUGCGCCAGCCGGGGGCAAGGCCGCUGCAGGGGUUGGGGCCAGGAAAGAUGGAGCCGGUGGUUCCGCUAUUAGGGCAGCAGCCACAGCAGCAGGAGCUGGCACCGGAGGGGGAGCAGCGCAGGGGAGAGGCACGGGCGGGGGAACCGGGCGAGCGACAACUGCCGCAGCAGCAGGUGCGGCGGGACUGAGCGCGGCGAUGACGUCAGAGGUGGGGGUGGGCGCCACGCCGCCGCGCAAACUCGCCCGCGCCUCCUCAGGCGGAGGAGCAGGCCCCAGCGCGCCAGGCGGAGCGGCGGCUGGCGGCGACGGCCGGCGUAACCUGUCCGCGCCAUUGCCGCGGCCGCAACUGCAGGCCCAAGACCCCACGCGGCGACCAAGCAUGCGCACCUGCGCCACGCAGACGUGGGGCCCCGUCCGCCUCCCCGUUAAAGCCGAGCAGGGGGCCGACGCCGCCGGCUCGUGGCAGCCCUCCCAGGCAGCGGCAGCCCAGCCCGGGGCGCAGGAUGAUACCAGCUGUGCGGUGGCCGGCACGGCGCCCGGGUGUGGGCGGGCGCAGGCCCCGGCCCCGGCUGAAGGGCGGGCUGGCGGCGGCGGGCCGGAUAACUCAAGCCAGGCGGCGGCGGCCCGCAGUCGCAGCCAGGUGACCUCCGGCAGCAGCCACCACCACCGCGCGUCAGACCGCGACACCAGCAGUGGCGGUGACAGCGGCAGCACCAGCAGCAACAGUACCACUACCAGCAGUAGCAGCACCCGCAAUGCCAGCAACGACAGCAGCAGUAGUGACUCGGAGCUGGAGAGCAGCAAAAGCGGCAAGAGCAGCAGCAGCAGCAGCAGCAGCGACUCAGACAGCGGUAGCGGCAGCAAGAGCAGCGGCGGCAAGAGCAGAAGCAUUGGUACGAGCGGCGGUGUGGGCGGCAGGAACGAGCGCAACAAUGGAGGCAACAGUUCCAGCAGCAGCGAGAUUAGCGGCACCACCAGCAGUGGUAGUAGCAGCAGUAGCAGCAGCAGUGAGAGUGACAUCGAGAGUGACAGUGAGAGCGGCGGUGGCAGUGGCGGCAGCGGUGGCAAUGCUGCCUCCGGAAGGGAACGGAUCAGUGGCAGGGGCGGGGGCGGGGGCGCCGACAGCGAGGAAGGGACGCUGGGCACCGCCUGCACCGACCAGGAGGGGCCGCCGCUGUGGGGCCGCCAGGCCACCGCGGCCGCAACCACCACUAGCAGCCGGCGGGACCAGCAGCGCAAUCGCCAGCAGCAGUCUGACCCGGAGGCAGCCACGGGCGCGCAGGCACAGGCGCCGCAGCAAGUGCGGAUCAAGCAGGAGCCAGUGUCGGGACCUGGGCCAGGGCCGCAACAGCCCAGCCCCAGGUUCGACCGCCAGGCGCUGCGCCAGACGCUGCUGCAGCCACUCUCGCCCGGCGGCGGCGGCUGGCAGCGUGUGCAGAAGCGGCCGGCGGAGGCAGCCGUUGCAGCUGCCGCUGGCGGCGGCGGCGGCGUGCACGGGGUAUGCUUGGCUGGCACUGGUGCGGGCGCAGGGCCGAGCGGGCGGGCGUCUGGGGUUCAGCCGACACACGCAGGGGUGCCGGAGCAGCGGCCCAAGAAACCAAAACGGCCGCCGCAGCAGGAGCCGGAACAGGGGAAGGAACAGGGACAGGGCCCGCAGGGUCCGCCCCUGGCGGCUGGGCCUGCCGCCCCUGCUGCCGCGGAGGGGCCCAGCCAGCCGCAGUCGCCGCAGCCAUCCCCCUUCCGUGCUGUGCGGCUGGUGCCAGCCGCCGCUGCGGGUGCUGCUGCUGCGGGUGCUGCUGCUGGGUUGACGGCUGCUGCCGGGCGCACACGGGUUGGUGCGGCGGCGGAGGUCCUGCGGUCCCCCAAGCGGGGCCGGCCGUCGGACGCGCACGCGCAGCAACCAGGCACACACGGCGGCGGUGUGGGGGCUGCUGCCGCUGCUGCGGCGGUCCCGGCGGCCAGCGGCGCCGCUGGGCACCAGGCGGCUGCGGGCGCCCAGGUGCGGUCGACUGCCGCGGGUGUGGCGGCGCUGCGGCGGGAGUUUGAACGGCGGCGCAGCAGUGCGGCGCUGGAGGGCAAACUGCGCAAGCACCUGCAGAAGAUGGGCAAUUCCAUGCUCAAGUCGCACUGCCGCAAGGAGGGCCUGGCCUGGACGCUGCGGGACGUGGCGGCAUACGGGCUGGCGCUGGGCAAGACGGCUCCGGGUGCGCCGCUGGACUGGACCGCGGCGGUGCGCUUCCUGGCGCAGCUCCAGCCGGAAGGCGGGGGCGGGGGCGGGGGCGCCCCCAGCCCUGCCCUGGUGGAGCGGGUGUCUGGUCUGAUGCGCGGCGCGGCCGCCAAGUACGACAUGGAAGCAUUCAUCGCCCGCCAGCAGACCCGCAGCAAGCCCCGACAGCAGCCGGCACACGGCGGCGGCAACGAGGACGGCGCCGGAGGUGCACCGGCGGCAGUGGCGGGGGCGGCAGUGGCGGGGGCGGCAGUGGCGGGGGCGGCAGUGGCGGGGGCGCCGGCCUCACCCCGGCCGCACGGGCGCAACCAGGUGCUGGCCGGCCCCGCAGCCGCAGCAACAGCCGCCGCCACUGCCGCGGCGGCACCCAGCCCGGCCGCCGGUGGCACCCCGCGGCGCCGAGGCUCAGGCGGCGUAGCGCCGGGCGCUGCUGCUGAUGCCCGCGGCAACGGGCCCAGCGCCGCUGUGCCGGUGGGCCUGGCGACCGCAGCCCAAUCCGCCCCUGCGCCUGCUCCGUCGGCGCCGCCUGCAGUGCUACAGGGUCCGCUGCGUGUGGGCGCGGGUCUGGAGGCGCGGCUGCGUGCGCACCUGGCGCGGCAGGGGCUGACGCAGCUGCGGCUGCGCAACGCGCGCGAGGGUCUGGCGUGGAGCCUGUUGGAGCUGGUGGCGGCGGACCGGGACGUGCGGCUCAGCCAGCCGCACCUCCACUGCCUGCGCGAGGGGCAGGUGGCGGCGCGACUGGCCGCAGCCAAACUGCCGCCGGGGCAGCAGCUGCCGCCAGCGGCACUGGCAGCGGUGUGCGCCAGUAUGCGCGAGGCGCACGCCAAGUACCAGCUGGGCGGCCUGGUGGAGGCCGAGGUGGGCAAGCGCCGCAGGCAGCAGCAGGCGGCGGCGGCGCGGCGGAGCAGCCAGCAGCAGCAGCAGGCGGCGCAGGCGCAGGCGCAGCAGGUGCAGGAGGCUGGGCAGGAAUAGGGGCGGCACGUGCACGGGGUUUGCUGGGCGGGAGCAGGGGCAUGUGGUGUGCGGCGCGCUGGGGAGGACAGGUGGCCCCGGGUGGUUGGGUGAUGGCUGCAACCGGAAGACAGGACGUGCAUAAGGCUGGCGGGGAAGCCGGGAUGGCAGUUCGUGCAGGUAGGUGCAAGGUAGGAGCAGUCACAUGCGCUGGUCUUAGGCUGGAGUAGGCUAGGGUGCUCUAGGGCUGGCUUGGUAUAGGCGCUGAUUAGGCUAGACAUCAGGCAUCCGUGUGGACAUGGGCCACAUGGGCCGGCGCAAAAAUGCGGACUGUAAUCAAUCCUUCGU